UAGUUUUCUUCAAAGGUUUUGACAUUGCUCUGGGGCGAAGUGGCCUGGGGCAGACGAGGUCGACAAUUCUGGUGAGAAAUGGUGCAGAUGCAGACAAUGGUGACAGUGCAGGUGCAGGACAUGAACGACAUGAAGGCAUCCAAACUCGCAGCAGUGGACAACUUGAAGGGAGUGGACGUGAUUUCCACGAAGGAAGUGCAUACAGCCUGUGGAAAUGAGCAAAAGCAAUACUCGAACGAAGCUUUCGUUGCACAGCCGGUGAUCACGGCGAAUGCUGAGGACGCUGCUUCCGCUCCACGGGUUGCUCCAGUUGCUCCGGUUGCUCCUACCUUGAGUCAAAGGCUCUUCAAGGCUGCGAAGAAAAGCAAGGCGGCUCAAACCAAAGAAACCUUUGCUGUACUUUGUUUUGACAGAGGUGAUGGAGAUGAGGAAGUGGUUGAAGUAAAAGAAGGCGGAUGCAAACGACUCCUCUCCGUUUGCAAAGGUGUAACCAAAGAAAAACUCAUGUCUGAUCGUCUUGAUUGUAGUGCAGUCGCCUCAAUCAAAGCUUGCGUUGAUCGAAUUCUUGGCAAAGCAGGCAAAGAGUCAAUUGCAGGAAUAUCAUGUGAUGUGGGCUACCUUUGGUUGAAGCACCAACGAACCCUUCGUCAAGCCCUUCCCAAGUUUCCUGUUCUGACGACGCCUAUGAUGCAGUUGCCCUUCAUUUGGACCUGCUUCGGGAAUGAGAAGACCCUACUUGUGACCUGGAAAGAUGAAGCACUUUGUGAAGCACUUUGUGAAACAGAUUCCGAAUCAUCCGAAUCACAUCACUUGGGCCACUUGGGCUUCCUGGAGACUGCAGGUAUCAGAUUGGACACUGAUCGUGUGGAAAUCCUGACUCUGAGCACAUCAGAUCUGGAGUGGUCACCGUUUCUCUCCGGAAUGACAACACCGUCAGAAAAUGAAAAACUUCUAAAUCAGCUCGUGAACAUGGUGCACCAAAAAGUCAUCCAGUUGCUUGACAAGGACGGUGUCAAAGGUGUCAAAGGUGUCGGUGUCAACAGCGUGGUUCUUGACAGCAUGUUGAGUCCGUUCGGCAAAGAGCUCAGUGCGGCAACAAAUUUGCCUGUCUUUGACGAAGUGUCAAUGCUGAAGCUCUUCAGUUCGGCCUCAUCCUUAAGUCACUUCAGCGAUGCAAGUGUCUUGUGCCGCUUGGACGAGAAAAGCCAGUCCCAAAGAAGCAAGAUCGAUGGCACUCGGAUGGGCCUGGUGCGGUUGGAGCAUGAGUACCCAUAUGGAGUGGGUGAUAUCGACCAUGGAAGCACCUUCCGAUUCCAGUCCUGUCCCGGGGUGGUACAAGGUCUCACGUUUGAGGAAGCACAACGUGGCUCAAAGGACCCAGUGAUUCUGGAGAACCUAAAGCGCGUGGUGGACAAAAUGGAGGCAGAGGAAUGCUUCGGCAUCGCUGGAAAUUGUGGUUUCAUGCAUUUCUACCAAGAGUUUGUGAGGGACUAUGCCACUGUUCCAGUCUUCAUGAGUGCCCUCGUGCAAGUACCCACCAUGGCAGCCGCUCUUGAACCCGAUGAAAGGAUCCUGAUCCUCACAGCGAACGAGUCAUCUUUCAUGGAAUCACGAGAUGCACUUCUUUCGGCAGAGGGUCGCCCUUUUUGCGAUUUCAACAGGGUCCUUGUUCGUGGUUGUGAGCACGUACCAGGCUUUGAAGCCGUGGCCAAUGCAGAUCUCGUGGACAACAUCAAGGUACAAGAAAACCUGGGCGAAUACGUGAAAGAGAUCUUGGAGCAAGAGAAGGAAAGUGACAAGGGUCCGAUCAAGUCGAUUCUUUUGGAGUGCACGCAAAUGCCACACUAUGCUGCCGCCAUACGCCAGAGUACUGGACUGCCAGUCUUUGAUGUGGUCACCUGUGUGAACUUCUUUGCUUCCAGCCUUUGCCAUCCUUUGCCCAAGGCCCAAGUCCUGAACGGCGUGAACGGUGAUGCAAAAAAGUGCGACCAUGACAGGCAAUGCCCCACAGAUGUCGAGCACCAAAGGAAAGGAUAGACAGAUAGCUUGACAGGUCUCAAGCAUGCCGGGAGAUUUUCCCCCCUUGAUGAACUUGAGACUGCUUGAGGCCCUUCACCUCAAAAUUUGGCAGCAAAACUCCAAUGCCGAUUAGAAUUCAGACCAAGUCUGGAAACAUGCAAGAUAUUUUGUAAACAAGCUGUGUAGUGUAAUGCUGUGUAUAUAGUCUGUAUACAAGCUUCAGUAGCUUAAUCGUUGGCAUUGGUACAGUUGAGGCAUGCAUUUUUGUAGCAGGCAGUGUCUGCUGUUUUGUUGAGCGCCAAACACCGGCGUUCCUGUCAAACUCGUCAGGACCAGUCUGACUCGUGAAGAAUUCAAGCGAUUGUUUCAGAUUCCCAUUGGAGCACAGUGGAGGGCGCUUCAGCGCAGGGCGCUUGUGCUCCAGUUGCAUGACUGCGGGUCAAACGUAGAGGAUCAUGCUCUUCCAAGAAGAGGUUUCCACUUUUGAUGGCGACCCUCACAUGAAAUACCCAUCUGAAUUUACAUCAACAUUUUAAUUAGAUUUUGUGCUCGUUCUCUUUGUAUAAACAUUUUGUACAUAGGAAUUCAUUGCAUGAAAUUCGGACUUGCACGAUGCAUUUUUGGAAGCCGACAAAAUACCCCGUGGUUGGCUCUUUUGUGGAGCACAAAGAUGUGGUCCCACAACACAUGUUGACACAUGUCAAGACCAGUGUGAGACUGUUCAGCAAAGGCGUGGGAGAGGACUGUUGGCAACUGUGGGAAUCCU